UGAUGGCUUAUCGCUUUUAGCAAUAAAGAUUUCAUUCAUUCAGAUGAAUGUAAUGACUAGAUGAACUCAAACAAAAGUUUCCCACGCAGCCCCGUUCACGCCUUUCUUCUCGGUCCCAGUUGGCUCCAUCACACCGAUCCACGGUUUCCAGAAGAUGAGCCGCCGUGGCACCAACUGGUCAUACGCCGAAGUGCUGGACCUCUUAGAUAUUUGGGGGGAGCAGCGGAUCCAGCAAGUCCUUCAGAGCAGCCACCGGAACAUGGACACCUUCCAGGUCAUCGCCAACGAGAUGGCCAAGCGAGGGCACGAGCGGACGGCCCAGGAGUGCCGGACCAAGACCAAAACGAUGCGGCGGGAAUACAAGAAGGUCAAGGAGAGUAAUUCGGUCGGGAAAGGGCGCACGGUGUGCCCCUUUUAUGACCAGCUGGAGCGCAUUUUGGAUUCCUCUGGGGGGUUGCAAAGUUUCGCCCCCCGGGAGGAGUCAAGAGGAGGAGAUGACGUUCGGCCGUGUGCCCCAGAAGAGUCGGGAGACUACCGGGACCUCUUUGACCCCUCCACUCAGUUUUCCGUUGAACUUGUCGAUUCGGUGGACUCCCCCACCGUGGUGUGCAAGAUAGAGAACACUAACGAGGAACCGACAGGCACCCCUCGGACGGCCGUGGAAGCCGACCAUCUGCCCCACCCCCUGCCGCCCACCCCACCCAGCAUUCCCAGCAGCCCAGCCACCACUGGUUCCACAGCAGAUGUGCAUAUAACGCCUUCUCACAGUCCAUUGGCCGGACCUACGGGCCACUCGGCUGCUGAACGCCUCGCCAACCUCCGGAACCGGCAUAAAAAAACCCGGAACGAUUUGGCCCUGGAACUGGCGAGAGCGGCCGACCAGCGGAUGCAGAUGGCCACCAACAGGAUCCUUUCCGCCCUCGACGAUUAUGCCAAGGUGGACCUGGAGGAGCGCGAGAAAGACCGGGCCGGGACCGAGCAAAUCAUUGCCAUCAUGCACCGCCAGACGGAACUGUUGGAGCUGCUGGUCCGGCAGCAGUCCCCUGCCCCGGCUGCCGUAUCUCUGGCCUCCUCGCGGCAUGCGUGGUCUCCACGGAUUGGGCAAGCCUGCCACCGGCCUACGGGCCCUUCCUCCUCCCGCCUGGGUGUUCCCCGCCGGCCGUUGACGCCCAGGGCACGGAACAGAAGGAGGCCUCAAAACUACAGUCCUUGAUUGUCCCGUUGCACGGAUAGCUUGCAGUUUGAGGAGUUAUAAUUUUUAUUUUUAUUUGGGUUCUCAACAUGAUUUGGGUCAUUUCCUCACCCCUCCUUCGGGUAGAAAAGAUAGCACGUUCAUUUUUAUUGUCUACCAAGUGAAAUUUAAAAGGCCUCACUUUUAACGUCUUCCAAGUGAAAUCUAAAAGGUCUCAUUUUUAAUAUCUACCAAAUUUAAAAGGCCACGUUUUUAAUGUCUUCCAAGUGAAAUCUAAAAGGUCUCAUUUUUAAUAUCUACCAAACAAAAUUUAAAAGGCCACAUUUUUAAUGUCUACCAAGUGAAAUCUAAAAGGCCACGUUUUUAAUGUCUACCAAGUGAAAUCUAAAAGGCCACGUUUUUAAUCUCUACCAAGUGAAAUCUAAAAAGCCUCAUUUUAAUGUCUUCCAAGCAAAAUCUAAAAGUCCUCAUCGAAACCUUUAUUGG